AUGUCCCUUCCUGAAGUCCUUUUCCCCGAGAUCGUCCAGUAUCUGGAUGAGACAGACCUCGCCCGUCUGGCGAGAGCCUCUCGCGCCCUCCACAUCCACACGGAGAACUUGCGGUACCGCAUUGUCACGAUUCGGUCAUUUCACGGGCUUCUCUCGUUUCAAGAAGGUCUCCGAGCCACUCGCCCGGAUCAGCGCGGGCGGACGAGGCGUCAGAGACUCCAAUCAGUGUACGUUGGGUGGGAAAGCCCCUCUGCAAACGACCCGCAAGUGGGCUCUGCUCUCGCCUUUAUCCUCGACAAUCUCGCUCCCAAAGUCCGGUUGGAGCUUCAAAUCACCGACGCUCAUCCGUCAUCGCGGCCUCGCGACACGUGGAACGUUUCCCUGCAGCACUACGGUGCCUCUCACUCGCACCUACGGGCCUCCUCCUGGGUGCUACAGCACUGUCGCAGCCCGGCGAAGAAUCUAGUCGCACUCACCGUCGAUCUGCUAUCGACGCAAGACCAUGUUCUCCACAGAAUAUCACAUGCGUUCGACGAUACUCUUCAGGACCUCCGUCUCUUCCGCAGGUUCCCGUCUUCUCCCCGCAACCAGUCCCCCAUUCGGAUCUGCGCCACGUUGUCAGUGAGGUCGCUGCGAAGGCUGUUCAUCGAAGACUCCUGCGACGGAGGAGUCGACGUAGGCUUGGAUGACGAGGAUUUCGCUGUGCGACACGGAUACGCGCUGCUCCCCGUAGCUGCUGACGGUGUUCCAAGCCUUGAAGUGCUCGUCUGGAGGCCAGCGUGGGUCAGAAGCGCCAAUACCAAUCUCGUGGAGGAGCAGACCAGCCGUUACCAGCAUGAAAUCGUCAACGUUCUGGACCCAGUGAUUGUUGUGGUCCCUAUCAGCGCCAACCAGGGCAGUGUGAUGGUCGGGAAAGGUGGAAGGGAGAGGUCCGCCACAAGGAGCAACCUCGCACGGUACCGAUGGAUGCACCAGUGA